CCCAAGCCGGUCCUGUGAAGACGUUUAAUCGAAGGUACCGGGCCUGUCAGUUCGUUUGUGGUCUAACUAGAACAAGCAACCCUUAUUUAUGAGAUACUAGAGAGUAAACCCCAUUUAAGAUGCUCGUGGCAUGGCUUCUACUUUCGUUAAACAUAUUCCAUUACGCUAGAAGUCAAGAUGAUUCUUUGAAAAGUGCUAUUGAGGCCAUUGACAGACGUACGAGGGACCUAGAAGACUAUGAGGACAAUGAAUAUGGAUAUACGCUGAAUGCUCCUGAAGGAGUUACUUUUCUUAAAAAUUAUCCAUUAGAGAGGUCCUACGAUUUUGGAAGACCCGAUAGCUACCUAGAAGAUGGUUAUGAUCCUGAUUUCACCAAUAAGAGGAUCUCGUCCUCCUUCCGUGAACGAGUUGAGCAGGACAACCAGAAACAACUGGAAGAAUUAGUUCACCUUAUAUCUUCAAUGGACGACAAAGGAAGAUUCAGCGAUGAUGACUAUGAAGAUAUUAUAAAGCAACUGUGGACCACCUACCGUAAGCCACAUGUUAAGAAUAACUUCAAAACUUCUAGAGUUGACAAGAAGUACUACUAUCCUCAAAUUGGAUUGGAUGGUGGCCGCAUGACAAAACGUAGACCAUACACCGAUGAGACGUUUGAUAUUCCAUACUUCCGUCGUAGCGAAGACGACAUUGAAGACGAAGAUGACGAAGAUUAUUCUUCCAAUACAUUGAGAAAACGUUUUGAUCGCACCGAUUACAAAAUAAAGAAGUUACGGGCAAUGUAUAACAACAACCCAUAUUAUAAAUUGAAACGAUUUGCUAUAGCUAAACGCAGCAAUGGGCCUACUGAGUCUGCUAAGGAUGAAAAACAUGAACAUCAAAGAUCCAGUGUCAAAAAACAAACAGAUCCAAAAGUGCAAGAAGAGCUUAAUGAUAUUUUUGGAAAUAAAAUUUCGGAUAGCACUACCAAAGGACCUGAUACUAAAGCUACUACUAGUAAGAAAGAGACAUCGAUGACCACGACGAUUAAACCAACUGGAGAAAAAGAUACGAAAGAAGAUUAUCAUCCAUUAUCUCUAGUAAGCCAGAAGCCUUUGCAAAUCAAAAAAAAGUCUAUUGACUGGUCUGAUUACUUUGGGUUAGAUAGACGUAAGAAGUCUGAUUCUAAUGAUUUGGAUAAAGAGUGGCUAAUAGAAAGGUAUCACAAAUCCGUGGCACUGACAAAAAGAAGAGCCUCAGAGCUUCCUAUGACAUCUUUCAGAAAUCAUGAUUCAAUGCCCAAAAAGAAUUUUCAGAAACCAACACAAAUAACUGUUGAAGAUCUAGCAUCGGACAAGUUGGAGGAUCUUGAUGCCAAACUUAAAGAUAUGGAGGAUGAUAUUAUAGACGGUGCCCUGAAAUACACUGGAGCACAUGAAGGCACGGGAGAUCCUAAUGAAAUUCAAGAGAUCAAAGAUAAAGUAAUCUCAAGACUAGCAGCUGCGUAUAGCUUAGAAAAAAUGAGGAACGCCUUCGAAGAAUAUAAGCUGACAGUUGGAAAACAAGAGCAGAAGAAUAAAGAUAAAGAAGAUGAUAAGCUUCUGUUUGCUGAAGAAAAAAGGGUAGCUGUGCCGAGAAAACAAGUUCUAGAUGAAGAUAUCCCGGAAGCAGAUAAUGCCAUUCAGUGUCCUGAUGGUGAUGAUGAGUGUAAGCAGAAUUACAGGACACCAAAUGAGAUUAUAGAGAACCAUUUUGGAACAGAAGAAUGCCCAGCUAUUGAAAAGGCCUGCAAUGAUGUGGCCACCAUAAUUGGUCAGUAUGGGCAAGUCCUUAGAAGCGCUUGUACCAUGCAUCAAAUGUGCUUGUUAUGCAGUAACAACAGCUGGUUUUCCCCGACUCGUCAGUGCAACACCUUGUUCUUAGACAAGGCGUACGACCUAUGCAAAGGAAACAUGGCCUGCCAAAAGGUAGCUCAACGAUCAGUAAGAUAUUUGAUUGACGUUCACCGUUCUUUGCAUGUUCAACCUACUGAGAUCAACGACUGCGAGUUGGCCUGUCCAGAUAUAGAAUCUAGUAACUUCGAUCUUUCUUCACGAUAAGCUUUCGUCUUGCUAUUUUGAUGUAAUACAUGCUACUCCAUGAUGUUUUAGAGCAGACUGAAGGUAUUUUGUUGAUUCAGUUGUAUUGGAACUUGAGUUUCCAUCAGGGUGUCUCAGAUUUUACUAGCGAGAUAUCUUUGCAUUGUUCAUGCUCAUAACUUAUUGAUGUUGAACCUAAUACCAUCAAUAAUCCUAUUAGUAACAAAAUAGCGAAAGUUAGACAUUUGAUAGCGAAUUUACGAAACCAUUUUUGCCAAAAGCUGUCAACAGCUUUUCUAUAAAAAGUUUUGACUAUAAUGUAUUGACUUAAUCUUCUUUGCUGUAAACGUUUCAAUCAAUAAGCUGAUCUUCAGUAUAAAGACAAUAUUGUCAUUGUACUGAAGAAGAUCUCUUUGAUUGUAGGUUUACGUUUGUUUGUCAAUACAUGUGGUUUUAUUGGCUAGACAAGCAUGGGGGAUUCCUGACAUAUAAACCACAGGACAAGUUUCAGAUGUUACAUUAAGUUUUGACUAUAUUUCAAUUUUCAGAAUAGCAGUGGAUUAUAGGAUAGUAUGACAGGCCUAAAACUAGAUGUUUGGAUGUUUCUUGUUUUUUAUAAAAUGGUGAAAUGUUGGUUCCACUUUGAUAUGUUCACAGCCUUCUAGUUCUAAAAAAAUUACCAUUGCAACUUUUAGGUUAAUUAUAAUUGAAUCGGUGAUUUUAAAAAACGCUUUCUUGGAUAGAUGCGUAUUCUGGCUGUCACAUUCUUCCCUAGUCAAAAAAUUGCGUGACUCCUGUGAUUUUUCAAAUUAUUGAUUCAAUUAUAAUGCUCUAGAGUAAUGCUGUAAUACCAUGAAUUGUUACAUUGUGUACUUCAAGUGAAGUUAAAUGGCUCGACAAAAAAUAGAUUGCAUUUCUUAUUUCACUACUGUGGAAUUAUCAUAUACAGAAUAAAAACACAAAUCUGAGGUAUCCUAUACUGAUAUUUUUUUUAUAUUUGUUACUGUAUGUACUCAAAAAUAUUUCUGUUCGUUAAAACGUGUUGAACACGUGUUCAAAUGUGACAGUUGACAAUAAUCUAUUAUAUUUUCGAAAAGAAAAUGUCUUACUGUUGUUUGGAAUUGGUAAAGUUUUUUUAUACGAAGGAUCACGCACACGGGAUGUGGGAUUUCGGAGAUUGGUGAAAUUUCCUGAAAAUUUGCCAUUUUAUUUAUUUUUUUUAUACCAGAGUAAAUGUUAUUAUGGGCUCCAAGCUCUAUUGGCCUAUAAGGCUCAUCGACCUCUAAAAUCAUUAAAAUUGGUUCCAUGACUUUUAUCUAUCCCAAAAUACAGUUGACUAAGGUUCAGUAAACUGAGAUUGAUUUUGGACAGCUUUGUGUUGCUGUACCUUCAAAGAUAACUUGAAAAAGCGAAAAGCACUUUGUGCCUAAAGAAGUGCUCAAGUUGAUAUUAGCUGUCUAGUGGAUUUAUUCUCUUUCUGUGCUAAAGAACUUUCCGUCUGUAGCCCAACACCGGUGAUGAGAGGUCUAGGAAUAUGUCCUAAGUUCUAGCACAUACAAUGAGUACAUUAUUUCCGUUUGUUUCUAUUCUAUUGGUGAUAACAUAUGUUUUGUAAGAAUCUUAGGUUUGAUUUGUUUUAAUUUUAAUUCAGGAUGCUUCUUGUCGAGGUAAUAUAAUAAAACUAUUCAUUGGAUAAGGAAUUUCAAGUACUGCCUCACAUGUUUUGUUUAUGAAUGGCGCUUUCAGUUCUCGCUGUUCGUUUUAAAAACACGAGUUUGCUUACUUCUUCCUAAAUUUGCAGCAUUUUGGGCUUCUAAGUCUGUGUCCAGCUAGACGGCUUUUGCACGAUUUAAAGAAGCAUAUGCAGCUGCAAACAUUGAGAACGAUGUUGUGAAUACACUCGCGGAGUAUCAACGGGAUCUGGCUCAGAGUAAACUAACAUCAAAUUCAUUUUCAAAUCCGACUUGCUUAUAAAUUAGGUUAAGCUAUACACCUGGCGGCGCUAGAUUAUGCUGACUCACUAGUACCACAAAACAUUACACUUAUCACGGAAGAGGAGACUGGCCCAUUUAGCUUAGAGUUUUCGGAACUUAAUAUCUUGGUUAUCUUAAGGAUGUGGUAUAUGCGUUACUAGGAAAAUUUUAUUAUCUUUGUCUGACCUACACGCUCUGCAAAGAAAAGCCCCAACUUUGAGGACACACCCUGUAUUUAUUAAUGAUAUACUCGAAUAAAAUUCUAAUGUGGGGAUAGACUAUAGUCCAUUUAUUGAAGAAAGCAGCUCAACCUAAACAUAUUCACACACUCUUCACGUCCAGCACUAACAGGCCCAGCGAGGCUACAUGCACCCCCGUAUCGUCUCCCACUCCUAGCUUGGAAUUGGUCCUGCAUAUUCUGCCCAAUAACAAUUAUGAUCACUGUUACUCGAAAUAUAUCAACGUGCUGACCACGAACUGAACUCACGCUGGUUAUUUUGGUUUAAUAUCUUUCUUGGAUAAAUAGACUUUAAUAUUGGUAUCUGCUGGCAUUCGCAUUAUGCAGAUGAACCUGUUGAAAGUUUAUCAGUGCAUACGACUGGAUCACAGCGUUGAUGGACACAUCUGUCGCCUAGUUCCGAUGUUUGGUCCUUCACACAUCUUUUCUUUGUUUACCGAACGAAGAAGAAGAAAGGGAACUGAAGACCUCGACCAACUCAGAAAUGCACAUUUCGCUACAAGGUCGGGAAACCUUAAGAAAGGAAAGGAAAUUAAUAAGGAAUACUUUUAGGAUAUUUAACUGUUUUCCAAAACUCAAUGCCGUGUGCGUGUGAGCCUUGAUUAUUUUCAGUUUGUUUUAAAAACGCAUGGAUUGAUCACGUGAUGAAAACUACUUCCCUUCCACGAUAAAAUGCCUGAGACGUACUCACAAGUUACUUAAACGUACAUUAUAUGUGUAAGCUCUGUAUAACAUCUGUGAAGCUGGCCCAGAUGUACAGAGUUAAUAUCAUCGUAACCUUAUAAGUGUAUAGAUGUAUGUAGUAUCACAUAUUAUAUGAAUACACGUUAAAAAUGUUGUUACCAUAAAAUAUUUAAUCUCAUUCUCCACCUGAAUGUAUUAUGUUGUUAUACUUUGAAAGUUUUGUAUUUAUGUUCAGAUUUGAAAGCUGUAUAAGUAUUUAUUUUUGAUUAAAAUGAUUAUAGGA